AUGAGUCCUGUUUAUCUGCUGUUUCUGGACGAAGACGAGUGUAAAGAGGAAAUAGACGUGUGUGGUAAUAAUGCAGUUUGCACCAACACUAUCGGUGGCUACUACUGUCAGUGUGAGACGGGAUACCAGAAUAAUAAAAGGAAACUUUACUUCACUGCAGAAGACGAGUUACAAUGCAAAGACAUCAAUGAAUGUACAGAGAACAAAACCAUCUGUGGUCCUAAUGCUGAGUGCAAUAACACAGUUGGUUCAUAUUUCUGCGUGUGUGCUGAGGGUUUUGUGGCCAGCAACAAACAGGAGCGUUUUAAUGGGAGCCAAAAUGUUACAUGCAACGAACAAAGCUCCUCAGCCCGAGGUGCAAGCAGCUUCUGUCCAGGACCUUCCAGUAUUCAUUCUCAACCUUGGGACCAUCGGUCACAUCCUCCUGACCCGUGGGAUGCUCCUCAGACCACCCCCAGUCCUGUUCCCUCAAAUCAGACAUGGCUCUCAGCUGCUGCUCCUGCAGCCACAGGAAUAGAUCCUUUCUCUCCACUAGCAUCAGACAAAAAAGGGUCUGCUGUCCCUAUAAAAGGCUCUUUACCACGGCAUGGGAGUCCCACAGAUGGAGAUUUUUUCGAUGAUGCCAUGGAUGGAGGCCAGGUGAACGUUAAUGGCCGUGGUGAGGGAAGUCCAGAGUUAUUUGACCUGUCUCGUCUGGGAGAGUGUUUAGCAGAGCCAGUGCCUCCGACCUGUAGCGCACCGGAAGCCUUUCUGGGUCCGGCAGCGGCCUCGCUCGUCAAUCUUGACUCCUUGAUCCCACCGAAUCCCACUCCCAAAAACUUAAACCCGUUUUUAACAGGUCUGAGUGAACCUUCUGUCACAAAUCCAUUCCAGAGCGAGCCUACACGGCUUACCCUCAAUCAGAUGCGUCCCGGCUCUGCUUCCCCUGAUCCCAGCUCACUGCAAAACAGCACCUCUCUGCCAAUGCCUGUGGGCAGUCAGCCCUUGUCCUUACCCAGCUCCUUCACCCAGCCUUCAGAGGGACAACCUAACAUGUCUCAACCGCUGCCCCCCACAUCAUCCACAUCCACACACGGACAGCCAGACCAGAGUCAGAACCCCUUCCUCUGAGGGCUGGUGUGAGCUACAUGUGGCCUGAAUGUACGCUUGCUGGCCUGAGUAACGAUGCUUAUAACGGAGUGACGAUUUAACUGCAGACUCAGAUCUAAACUGGAAUUAUAGCUCAAAUUAAUGACACUACUGUUUUUAUACAGGCUAACUGUUUUCACGGCUCUUUGCUAUUGCCACUUAUCCUCUUAUAUCCAUCUGCACUACAGAACCAAUGUGUCUUCAGCAUAUAAGCAAGCAGCCUGUUUUCUUUCUUUUUUUUAUGUAUUGGAACAUGAUCUACUUUCAGACAAAACUUCAGCCUACUCCAUAAUGUCCAGUGACUUUACAACUCUCUAGGCCUGCUUUAGUAACCCUUCAUGUAGUGUUCCAUACACCCUGGGGACUUCCUGUUCCACUUUUCUUCUGUAUUAUUCAUUCUGGAUGACUGAUCUCAAUGAGCAGAAUAGCAUGGAAGCUAGCCAUCCUGAUAAUGAAGCUCUCCCAGUCAAGCAAGUCUGAUCAGUGUGCCAGAUAUUUAACACCAGACCAAGACAUGUUUGUCUGUCUGUCUGUUUUUUGAGGUUUUUUUAAACCUGUCUUUUAAAUUGGCUGCUAAGUGAACACACUUCAUGAAGGGAAUGAAUUUACUGUGGAGUGAUUUACUAACAGAAUGUGUGAAUAAGAGACUUCUGGAAAUAGAAAAGAUUUCUCACCAAAUAUAGGAAUGAAAAUGCA